CUUUGAAUUUGGGUGUGAAGAAAUUGCCGGCCUUGGACAUAAGACACUUGCUAUGAACAUUGAUGAUACAGCCACCAAUUUAAUUUGGUACAGUCGAUAUAGUUGUACCAACCACCUCCUCCUCUAUCAUCAAAUCAUCAUAUCCACGAUUGAAGAUUGAAGUAAAAUGGAGGUAACAGCGGAUAACAAGCAAAUCCUACUUAAAUCCUACAUCAAUGGAUCUCCAUCGGAGUCAGACAUGGAACUGAAGCUCGGAAAUCACAUAAAACUGGAAGCCCCGACAGGAUCGAAUGGAGUUUUAGUGAAAAACUUGUAUCUGUCGUGUGAUCCUUACAUGCGUGGUCGUAUGCAGAACUUCCAAGCCUCGUAUGUCCCUCCUUUUUCCCCUAAUUCUGUAAUAGAGGGAUUUGGGGUGUCAAAGGUUGUGGAUUCUGAUGACCCUAAUUUCAAAAAAGGGGAGAUUGUAACAGGGCUUACAAAUUGGGAAGAAUACAGUUUAAUCCUCAACACUAAUCAAUUGAGGAAAAUUCAACAAGAUGAUGACAUCCCUCUCUCUUACCAUGUUGGCCUACUGGGCAUGCCAGGAUUUACAGCAUAUGCUGGUUUUUUUGAGGUCUGUGCUCCUAAGAAAGGAGACUAUGUUUAUGUAUCUGCAGCCUCUGGAGCGGUUGGUCAACUUGUUGGUCAACUAGCCAAGUUACAUGGAUGCUAUGUUGUUGGAAGUGCUGGCACCAGCCACAAAGUACAACUUUUAAAGAAUAAGCUUGGAUUUGAUGAAGCCUUCAACUACAAAGAAGAAUCAGAUCUUGAAGCAGCCUUGGCCAGGUACUUUCCUCAUGGAAUUGAUAUCUAUUUUGAUAACGUGGGUGGAUCGAUGCUUGAUGCAGCACUUGCAAACAUGAGGGUCCAAGGUCGUGUAGCCAUUUGUGGGAUGGUUUCUCAAAACAGUCGAACUGAUAAACAAAGUUUUAGGAACAUGUUUAGUGUUAUAUCAAAGCGUAUAACAAUUAAGGGUUUCCUUCAAAGUGAUUUUAUGCAGCUAUACCCUCGUUUUUUGGAAGAUAUUACGCAUUACUACAAGCAGGGAAAGAUUGUGUAUAUUGAAAACAUGAAUGAUGGUCUUGAAAGUGCGCCCGCUGCCUUUGUCGGAUUAUUUUCCGGCAAGAAUGUUGGUAAGCAAGUGAUCCGUGUGGCCAGCGAGUAAGUCAGGUACGAAUGUAUGAUCAUAAUGAAAGCAUGUUACACAUAGGAAGGACUUGGGCCUUAGUUUUACCUUAAAAAUCUAAAGACAAUUGUUUAUGUUUUGUUUAUGUUCCAAGGCAAUGUAAUUUAACUAAUCAAUGAAAUAAAACUUUAAGUACCAUGUGUUUGAAACAAUUUGUAACGUAACUCUCCGACGUUUCCGUUGUGGGUUGUUAUACGCGGUCAGAGUGUUAUAAACA